GCCUGCAACGUGGCAGCCUUGAUGGCGUGCUGUGGAGCUUUGUCAUGACUGCCACUGCAGAUGCCAGUCAGUGGGAGUUUGCUCUUCAGUUGCUUGACGACAUGGUUGCUUGGAGACUGCGGGCAGAUAGUGUGAGCCUCAACGUUCGCCUGGCUGCGGCGGCGCACGGCGGCUGGCAAAGUGCCCUGAGGGAACUGCUUGUGAUCGCAACCAGUGGCUGCGUGGACCUUGUGGGUUGGAGUUCUGCCAUCAACACAUGUGGCCAAGCUGGCAGAUGGAU